CCAUUCUAAUUCAAGACGAAGAGCCAGAAGAAUUCCUUGCCGGAAAGUCAACAUGGAGUCUACCGACAAACCGACUCAAAACACUGUGAAUAAUCCACAACGUCUGCGCUUCUUACUCCGAUGAAGAUGGAGGAAGUAGACAGUGCUGCUCUAGCUUCCAGCACCACUGGCGUUUCAAAAUGGACCGCCGUACUGGCAUGUACUACCAUGGCGCUAUCUUACGUCGCAGUCCUAUAUGCUCCGACUAUGAUUCUCCGCUUGCCGCCGGCUAAUUCCUUUAAAUCGUUCAUGGUUCGCCGGUUCAUAUGUGCUGCCGUUUCCACCGUCGCCUCCCUCAUAGCCUGCUCUAUCAUCCUCCCUAUAAGGUGGAAUGCAUCAAACUUGCUGCAGGCUUUUGGUAUCAGAGCAGACCACAUAUGGCAAGCUGUUGCCUAUCCUCUAUCUUUAACCGCUCUUAUGUAUGUUGGAUCUCUCACGAAGGGUUUGCUGCUAUUGCGUUCCUGCAAUGAUAAUGAUGGUAGAAGGGUUUUGUCAGUGUACAUUAAAACGAUUCCGAAAAUGCUCAUAAACUCAGUUUUUUCAAUAGCAUCUAAUGUCUCAGCUUGGCGUAAUUAUUUUGUGGCACCACUCACAGAAGAGCUUGUUUUUAGAGCUUGUAUGAUCCCUUUGCUUUCUUGUGGAGGAUUCAAUAUGUAUACUGUCGUGUUUCUUUGUCCCAUAUUUUUCAGUUUAGCUCAUUUGAACCAUUUAUUGGAAUAUGCCCAGCAAAGAGGCAGCAUGCUCAAAGCUUUUAUGGUUGCAGGUUUCCAGCUUGGCUACACUGUCAUAUUUGGAUCAUAUGCUUCCUUUCUAUAUGUUCGUACAGGGCAUCUGGUUGCACCUCUUGUUGCUCACAUCUUUUGUAAUUAUAUGGGCUUGCCCGCCAUAAAUUCUCCUCAAUCAGGAACAAUAACAUUGGCAUUUCUAGCUGGGCUACUGGGAUUCUACUGGCUUCUUUUCCCAUUAACCAGCCCACAACUUUAUAACAAUAGAACAGAUAGUUGCAACUGCUGGCAUCAAUAUUGUACUUGAAACUAAAGAAGAUUGGACGCCUUGAAAGAGAUUGAUCGGCUCCAUCAUGAAAUUCAAGAUAGAUGGUGCUUUCUCUUACUUCAUACAGGAAGCCAGCCACCAAUUGCCCCUUCCCACCAUUUUAGAAUGUUGUACUACCAAUAGUCCUGCCUGCAGGUCAUUCAUACUUCAAAUAUUAACAUUAUUUACAACACUUUCUUUCUUGGCUUAUUUUCUUUAAUAUGUAGUAUUUGUUUAAUACUGAAUAGUGAAUCACCUUUAGUUUAGCAACACUUUUGAUGUAGUUCUUAAAUAUAUAUUUUUUUCGCUUAUACCAUAUUAAUCAUUACAAAAUUGAACUGA